AUGAGAUAAUUCAGAAAGGAAUUCCUUUCUAAAACAGGGGAAAAAUACGUAUUAAAAUAGAUUGAUAACAUCAAGCAUUCAGAGUUAGCUAUGAGGAUGAGAGCUAAAGCCUUAAAGGAUAACGAGUUUUACGCAACUGAUAAAUGGAAUUAUAAAAACAUAGGCGAGUAAAUGAAGAAUUGCUCGAGGAUCUUGGUUAUGGGUGCGAUGUAUGGCAUUUACAACGAAAAGAGAGAAGUGAUAUCAACUAUAAGUCAUCACAAUGCAUUGCUAAGAUUCAUGAACGAUUAUCAACACUUAGCUCCAUCCACUAUAUACAUAUCUGAUCUAUUUAGAGAUACAUUGAAGUAAUUACCCUAAGACUAACUAAAUGGAGGCAAAAACUAUGCGUAUUCAUGUCUGGGUGCUACUAAGCCUGAGGCCAGACAAAAUGGACUGAUGAAGAAGUUGAUGUAUCUGCAGUUUCAACACUGCUAUGAACUAGAUGGCUAUUAGAAUCUGCUUAUGUUUUGCACUGCCUAUGAAACCUACAAAGUCAUGAGUGAUAUCGGUGCGAAGCCAGUCAAGUUUUAUGAUUUGCCUGAACAUCUUAAAUUAGAUUGCUACAAAGGAGAUGGAAUAAUGCAACCUGGAUAGGGUGUUUGUGCAGCGAUGUGUCUUGAACUCAAGGAUAUUUAAUAGAAAGCUAUUGAAUACAAUAAUUCUUAUUGA